ACAACGGCAACAUUCAAGAAGGAAAUGCAGCAUUCAUAGACACACAUGUUCAAUCAGGACUCUAAACCAACCUUUAUAAUGAAAGAUAAGAUAAAGAAAACCUUAAGUAACAACAGAUAGUAACCAAAUGGUUCUUCCCACAAAUGAUAGCAUCAGAUACAAAGAUAGUGAUCAUAUAUUACUAAAACCCAAGCCAUAACUUGACAUUAAUUCUAUGGACCAUAUUGAUGGUCAACUGAACAACUUCAAGCAUGAGACAAUUGACUUACAUAUUUCUCACACUAGUGAUUUGUGUGUUGAGUUGUGAAUCAAGGAAAAAUGUUCUGUUCAUCGUGUCAGAUGAUCUACGACCAGAAAUUGCAGCCAUGUACGACAAGGGAAAUCCAUACCAGAUGCAUGACAAAAUGUACACGCCACAUUUGGACGCUUUUGCUGAACGGAGUGCAGUUUUCCGAAAGGCCUACGUGCAGCAAGCAAUCUGCGGUCCAAGUCGUGCAUCAUUUAUGACGGGACGUCGCCCAGAUACGACCCACGUGUACAACCUUGAUGAUUACUUCAGAACAGUUGGUGGUGACUUCACCACAAUUCCUCAGUAUUUCAAACAACAGGGCUAUCGUACACUAGGUAUGGGCAAGAUAUUCCAUGGAGGGUCAGCCAGUGGUGGCAACUACGAUAAAGUCUCUUGGUCAGACGAUGAGGAAUUUUUCACAUCGCCAAGUGAUAAGAAAUACUGGCGUAAACGAUUCAAGAUGCGCUCCUGGGCUGUUGUCAACAAAACCAUGGAAGAGGAACACCCCCUUGGAGAUCAAGAGAUCACUGACCAUGCUAUCAAAUCUCUGAGACGUCUUGCACCAACGGCUAAACUUGGACUUGAAAAUUUCUUUAUGGCUGUUGGAUUCAGACUCCCUCAUUUGCCAUUUGUCUUCCCAGGACGUUUCCUGAAGUACUACCCCAAAGAGACAAUGAAAAUGCCUUCCAAUCCCUAUGCUCCUAAAGAUAUGCCUGAAUAUGCCUGGCAUGGAAAUGGUGAAAUACGUAAUGGCUAUGCAGAUAUUACGCUUCGUGGAUUUUCCAAAGAACCUAACACAAAAUGGCCAGAGUACCUAGUUAAGAACCUACGAAGGGCAUACUAUGCCUCAGUCAGCUAUGUGGACUCUUUGUUUGGUAAGAUAAUGGCAGAGUUAGACAGAUUAGGCCUCAGAGAUGACACAAUUGUUAUGUUUGGAAGUGACCAUGGUUACGAGCUCUAUGAACAUAGUGCAUGGUGUAAACACACUAACUUUGAGAUCGCCACAAGGACGCCUCUGAUGAUCCGAGCUCCUGGUGUGACUGACAAAGGCGUUAUGUCUGACCACCUUGUUGAAUACACAGAUGUUUACUCAACACUAGUUGAGCUAGCAGGCCUUCCUGCCUUACCUACAUGCCCCAAAGACUCUUCAAAGGUAAAAGCUUGUACUGAAGGCACUAGUCUGGUUCCAGUCAUGAAGAACCCAAACCUUCCAGGCAAACAAAGCGUUUUCAUGCAGUACCCUCGUAACCGAGGCCCAAGAAUAGGUACCAUCAUGGGCUACAGCAUGAGAACUGAGAGGUAUCGCUACACAGAAUGGGUGAAAUUCAACGGCAAGCCUGACUUUACACCAAACUGGUUCCUGCUGUUUGCAUCCGAGUUAUACGACCAUUAUGUUGAUCCAGAUGAGAAUGUUAACCGUGCAGGAGUUCAGGCAUAUGCUAGCGUGAAGGCACAACUCAGCAAGACACUACAUGCAGGCUGGAGGGCACAACUACCAAGUUAAUUAUAUACAUUCCCAAUGAUAUUAAGUGCAAUGAGAUGAUUGAAACAAUAAAAGGGCUUGUAUAACCUGCAAUGUAUAAUCUGUUCUGUUUUAUUUUUAUCUAUGCUUGAAUGUUAAUAACUUCUUAGAUCAAAUCAAAAGUGUACAUUUGCUGACAUUUUCUUUUUCUCUUCUUACUUCAAAUAUUGUCUAUUG